UUUUCAGGUUUCAGUCCGAAAAUUAUUUUAGUGUCCAAAAUAAAGCGUGCUACGUCAUGACGGCCGCCGACGGUGCGUCAUCGCAGUCUCCGCCCUUCUCAGGGAAAGCACACAUUCCUAUUGUCCAAGAUGGCGGCGUAGGUGCAGACCCUCCGCGGCUGACAUGUUUUUAAACGUUUUUAUGCCUUUAUCCCGACAUAUAUGCAACAACCCGGGGCUCGGACUGGAAGCGUGUGUUUGUCGAAGCCGUCGUCUGCCACGUUGUUUCUGCUAACACCCCUGCAGCUCGCCCCCCAGGCCGGAUUCCCGCUGCAGGCACCGAAAAGUUUGGGCUCCAUCAUCCUUUGAAGAUGAAGAGGCAGGCCGGGAGAGAGACUAGUCCGUCCAGGGCCGUCGCUAAACGGAUACGGGAAAGGGAACGAGAGAGUGCACGGAGGGAGGAGCUGCCGCCGCCGCCGCUGGCUCUGCUGCUGGCGGAGAGCCGGGGAUACCACCGACGGAGCCGAAGCAGGGAGCGGGAGAAGCCGCGGCUGAGGGAGGAGCGAGCGGCCGCCCUGGAGCUCCACCACCGACACGAGCUCAGCCUCCUCGGCCGUCCGCCGCUACGGACCACGGCGGUGGAGCUCCCCGCCGCCAGACCGGGCACUCUGGAGUACAAAACGCUGCUCAUCAGCAACCUCGGCUCGCAGGUCACGGACGAGGACGUGGAGGACGCGCUGUUUCACGAGUUCAAAAAGUUCGGGGACGUCAGCGUGAAGCUGUCGCACACACCGGAGCUGGGCCGGAUCGCCUACGUGAAUUUUCGGCACCCGGAGGACGCCAAAGAGGCCAGACACGCCAAAUCCUCCAGGUUAGUUUUGGGUGACCGACAGCUUAAAAUUGAACCCAUGUACGUCAGGAGGCGGAGCGUCACGCCGCCAGAUGCUGGAUAUUUGCCUCUGCACGCGCCGUACCCCUACAGACAGCGCUCCCUGUCCCCGCCCGGUCCCGGGGUGAGUAACAUCAGAGACAUCAGGGCGAGACAUUACGCCUUGGAGACCCUGGGUAUCAGCAGGGAGAGGGAGAGGCUCUUGGAUUAUUAUGGUAUGCUGGAUGAGAGGGGCCGGCCCUAUGGCUUCCCUCCAAUGCCAGUGGUGGAGGAUUUAAAACCUGAGGAUGAUCAGAGGGCGACCAGCAACCUUUUUAUUGGCAAUUUGGACGGUAAUGUUACAGAAGUGGAACUAAGGAGGGGGUUUGACAAGUAUGGCAUCAUAGAGGAUGUUGUGAUUAAACGCCCAGCCCGUGGACAGGGUGGGGCGUAUGCUUUUGUGAAGUUUCAGAACCUGGACAUGGCCCACCAGGCCAAGGUGGCCAUGCAGGGGCGGCUUAUGGGCGGAAAUCCAAUAAAGAUUGGCUAUGGCAAAGCUAACCCCACCACACGGCUCUGGGUGGGCGGCCUUGGGCCUGGAAACUCCCUGGCUGCCCUCGCUCGGGAGUUUGACCGCUUUGGAAGUAUAAGGAAUAUCGACUAUGUGAAGGGGGACAGUUUUGCUUACAUUCAGUAUGAAAGUCUGGACGCUGCCCAAGCCGCCUGCACCCAGAUGAGGGGGUUUCCGUUAGGUGGUCCGGAGCGGCGACUGAGGGUGGACUUUGCUAAAGUUGAGGAGAGCCCCUCCCGGCCAUUUCCUCCUGGUUACCAGCCUCCUGUCGCGGUACCCUCCCACUAUGAUCUCCUCGGGGAGGCCUACAGCCGUCAUCGCAGCCUGGAGCGGGAGCUGAGGGGAGUCAGGGACCGCUCGUCGCCGCCCUCCCACAGCCUCCUCUCCCAGAGGGAGAGGGAGAGGGCCCUGCUGGAGAGAAACUACCCCACCAGCCCCACCCGUAGCCUGGAGAGGAGAAUGGGAGGAGUGGAAGCAUUUGGGAGGAGUGGGAGAGCAGCAAGGAGCCGCAGCAGGAGCAGGGAGAGGUGGCUGAAGGAAAGGGAGGAGAGGAGGAGCAGGAGGAGGAGCAGGAGUGUGUCCACUGACAGGCUGACAGAGGAGAGGGAGAGAGACAGGGAGAAGGAGAGGGGGAGGUCGAGGGUUCGAGGUCUGGGUGGGGCUGUCUCUCCUGACGCGAGCCCAGACAGAGCGCGGGUUCGAGCUCCUGACUCCACCACAGAGCCCAGAGACCACUCCCCCGAGAACGGAGGAGGAGGGCGACACUCCGCCAGCAACGAAGAAGAUCCACCAUUUGGCCGCCACCACAGCAAGAGGUCCAGCGAGCAUCUCAACAAUCAUCACCAUCGAAACAGCGAGGUCAUCGCCGCCGUCUCCCCUGCGAUCCACACGGACACCCACACCUCCUCCUCCCCCAGCACGCUGUCAGAGUUCGCCCAGGCGUCGCUCUCCAAAUCGUGGCACGGCUUCUUUGCUCUGAAGAACAGCAGUUUCCCCACAGACCUGUACAUGCUGGAGGGGGGCUCCGCGUUCUUCAACACGGUGAUGAAGGACACCCUGAAGCUGCAGAGCCAGAACCAGCCCAGCCAGCUGAAGAUCGCCCAGAGGCUCCGCAUGGACCAGACCCGACUUGACGAGGUGUCGCGGCGCAUUAAACUCGGGCGGCCUGAUGGGUUCGCCAUCCUUUUGGCUCUCCAGGGCCCCAUCGACCGCCAGGCCCCGACCCCCGAGCCAGGCCUGCAGGCACGCUUGCUCCGCCACCUGGUGACCUACCUGCGGAACAAGGAGGCCGCUGGAGUCGUGAGCCUGCCUGCUGCAAAAGAGGGGGGGCCUGGGGCCAUGCUGUACGCCUUCCCACCUGGAGUGUUCUCACAACAGUACCUGCAGGCCGCCAAAAGGACUGUGGGUAAUCUGGACGAGGAGCACAUGGUUAUUGUGAUCGUCAAUGACACUAAUUGAUUUUAACACUGAGGAGAACAUACAUGUACAGACACUAAAGGCAUGCACACACACACACACACACAUACACAGCGAGCUGAGAGGAAACUCGCCUGAUGACAAAUACUUCCAUGUUGAUUUCACAAAGAUGCAUUUUAUUGUUUUAUCCAGUAUCUUAAUAAUGAAACACAGCAACGUACACUACGCGUCUCUCUUCUACUCUUCCUCAUUUAUUACUUCAUGUCUCCCUCACGCUGACGAUUGACUGGUCGUCACAUUUACAGGCAGUUAAGGACGAUGUUACAUCACCGGGGGAAUUAAACGUUAAAACGGUCUGUGAUGAAAAACACUUAAAGGAGAGGGGACGUUAAUGAAAGGCUUGCCGCACACACUGGCAGCACUGUUGCUUUUAUACUCUAAGCUGUAACAUACGACACUAAAUCUGAGGGUUUGUUUAUAUGCUUGUUUACUUUAUUUGUGUUCCUUUUAUCAGAAGUUAUUCUGUAUAUCCAGUAUAUGUGGGACUGGGAGGUUUUAUACCAAGUGAUUGUACUGUAAACUGAGUGGGAAAGUGAUGCCAGCUGAGUCUGGCUCAGGCUACUCCAGUUUGUGUGCUCUACUGGCUUCUACUCGCAGGUUGAGACUGUUGUGACGUGGUUUUAUUUCUUUUUGUUAAAAGCACCAGCCGCCACAGCCAGUAGAGACAAAAGUGAAUUUCCUGACCCGUCCCUGUGACUGUGUAUUUUACAUAGGUAGUGUUUUAUCAAUUGAACCAUUCCAGUUUCCUUUUUGUUUUGAGAGUUGUGAGCGUGUCGGUUUGGUCUGUCGUUGCAUGCAGGAAAAGAGAAAAAAAAAGAAGCUAUAUCUUGUCUGUCUUUCAGAAACCUGUCGUCACUUGAGAUGUUUCAGUUUGCUGGAGAUUCGUGUUCCGCUGUCAUACUGGUGCGAGGUCUGUUCAUGUUACUAGUUCGGAUUUUAUAUUAUAUAACGGCUUUUAUUCAGUUUUAAUACAUGAAUCCAUCCAUCUGUCAUCCAUCCAUGCUCCUGUCUCUUUUCAUCUGCCGUCACUGUAGCUUCACUCACGUCUACCUGGUCUCUUAGUGCGAACGUCAUUUACGGGGAAUUUUGGUGUAGAAACCAGAACAGUUGAUGCUUAAAGUGAUUGCACCGACUUUAAAGGGAGUGUUUGGAUUUUUUUGAAGCGGGGUUGUGUGAGGUAUUUCUCCAUAGUCAUUGUGUGAAGCCGCUGUCCCACUGCACGACAAACCUGCCAAUAUCUGGCUUUUUAAUGCAGAAAGGUUUUAAUCGGCAUUCACACCGGGGUCGAAUCACUGCAGCAGACACGUGUCGCCUCAGACUCCGAACAGCAUUAUUAGGAGGGGUCAUCCCUAUGUUUCCCGGGUUCUAUGUUCCCCACUCAACCAAAAAGGGCUCUAUGUUUCCCGCUUGGUUGAGCAGGCAACAUAGAACCUGGGAAACAUAGAUACGCUCCCUAAUAGGAAUCACGCAAACGUGCUAAUUUCAGCUCCUCUACUGGUGAGAUGCAACAAAACACCGUCUAUCUCCACACAUGCUGCUCUAAAAACAUCAAUCCAAAUGGGUCUGCACCGAGUUUGAAAGAGAGACUGAAUCACGAAGAGAUGUAUAGAAACAAGUAACCUACUACUGUUUACCUGUUCUCCGGCCUGUCCGUGACGUUGAACAUGACACAUGACACACCCAAAAAAAAAAAACACACACAGAAGGGCGGACUCGUCUGCUGCAGAGCCGCUCUCGUGUGCUGGCAACAGGAAAAGAGUCUACAGCCUAUUUGUAGUUGGUUCACCUGUGUUUUUAAAAGGGUGUUGCCUUUGUAGAUGGUGGUCAGUUUGGAGAAGCAGACAGGUGUGCAGCCACAGAUGCUAAGCGAUGUACUGCUGUGGACGGGGGCAGCAGCUAAACAUACUCUAGACACUGAAAAAAAAUCAGUAUCAGUUUAAAUGUACGCUCUGUUUAAAAUAUAUUCAUCACUCUAUCUUGGCAUCAGACAGCCUCUUUGACGAGGAGCUGACGCUGUUACAUUGCUCUUUUUUAAACCACCAGACGCCAUUGACAAAAACAUUUUUCCUCACUGUAGACUGGACACGGGACAUGCUCGCCUGUCGCUGCCUCGAUAGUUUGUGUUGUGUGACUUUGGUGAAUCCAAACUAACCUAUUAAACACCAGAGACACACGGCACACACAGAUGUCCCGUCAGGAGAGGCUAACCAGGCAAAAGGGGCCCAAUGACAUAAUGCUGACACAUUUUGCAGUGAUAGCAGUAACCUAGGCUGGCUGUGACUGGUGUUACAUGGUGUUUGGGCAUACACAGCUUACAUUAAUUGCCAAACGCCCAGGCUGUCGUAUUAACAUUAUGAGUGAGAUUUUCUCACGUAAAGACAGUUGACAGACAAGACAAUGGUGGAGAAGUUGGUGUCAAAGCAAAAACUAGGAGGCUUCUUUGCCAGUGGAGUCAGAGGUAGACCAGUGAUGAGGAGUCUGGCGGCUGUAAAGAGAGAGCAUAGACGGAUACAAAACAGCUUCAGUCUCCGUCAGAAUCUCUGUCUGACAGCGAGGUAAAGUGCUGAAGUGUAGCUUACAUGUAACGUGACACUGAUUUGUUUUUUAGGUGGCUAAAUAUGUUUUGUUGCUGCGCCCGUCCACAGCAGCACCUCGCUGAGCUCCCACGGUGGUGCAGCAGCCUGCUUCUCUAAACUCUGGGCGUGUCGACUGACAUCUACUCUAGGUAAUACUCUGACUGUUAUAGUACCUUAUACAACCCAGUUAAAAAAAUUCCAACUGUCCCUUUAAAUUUCCCUCAAAGCUCUUUAAUUAUCUCUAGAAAUAUACAAGCAACACAUGCGUGCUGAUUUCAGUCAGACUCACCUCAGGCUAAAUCUUUUCCAACAGCUGCAGAGAUAUGUCUUCAUGUCUUCAGCAUUAAUCUCUUGGGAUUUUUGUAACUGAACCGGCGCUGACUUAAUUUUUUACCAUUAAUGUUGAGUGAAUGUUUGUGCCAAGAUGAUGUGUCAGAGGAAAAACACUUGUCCCACCCCGAUGAUGAUGAAUGAAACCUUAGAGGGCAGAGAAAUAAAAAAAAAUGCGGAAAUAGUUCUGCUCACCUAAGAUGGCAGACGGCACUUACUCUGUUGUCAUGGAAAUGAAGUGUUGUUAGUGUGUGAUGGCUAGUUGUCACGGAAACAGGCAGCUCUUCACCUCUACAUUGUUUAUCUGUGUGUUCGUUGCUGUUUGCACCAACCAAAUGAGAAUGUAUAGCUCCUAUAGAAGACGUGUGAUACCUCAUGUAGUCUGGGUGGUGUUGGUGACGUCUCUCAUCAUCUCAGCUCUGUGCUGCACGUCGGCUACGUUUACUCCAUCUGGUGUUUUACUGACGCCAGAUCAAGGUUGGUUAGAGCCUGAAAAUGUUUCCCAUUCUGUCACGUCAUGAGGAAAUUAAACCUGAUGGUGUUCAGAUUUUAACACUGUCGUCGUUUUACUUUGAAAAGGAGCAGUAAACACUGCGUCUGCUCAGUGAAGCGAGGACUGAAGAACUAGACGACAUGUCAGACUAAAGAUUGACAUGUUUGUUUGUUUACAGCACAAGCAGCUUACUGUGUAAAAGUUAAGAGGACACAAAACACAUCUAGAUCUUAAAGGGAUAGUUUGAAGUGGGGUUGAAUGAGGGGUGCUUACCCACAGUCAGUGUAUCACAUACAGUAGAUGUUAUUCAGCACGCCCCCAGUUUGGAGAAGCAGACUGGAGUCAACAUGGAAGCUUAUCAGUCUGCUGCUGUGGAUGGGUCAGCAACAAAACGUGUUUUAGCCACCUAGAAAAUAUAUAUCAGUUUAAGUGUACACUUGUGUCAGACAGCCUGUUCUGACAGGGAGGCGUUAAUGGCUUCAGUUUCGUAUCUACUUGUCAAAGCCACCAGACUCCAUUGAGAAAAACAGUAAUUUUAGCUCACUGAACACACGAGCCGCUGGUCGACUGCUGCCUCUAUCAGUUAGUUCGUUGGUGUAAUUGUGUGACGUUGGUGAAUGUGAACUAACCGUUUUGAAUGCCAAAGCCACACAACAACACAAACAGAACACCUGUUAGAGGCAGCAGUAGAGCAGCAGCUCCCGUGUUCAGCAAAUGUUAAAUCGCUGUUUUUUUCAAUGGAGUCUGGCUUUGUAGAAAGUGAUGUAACCGCUUCAUUUUCCAGAUCACUGUCUGACAAUAAUGUAAGUCAAUGAAAAUACUCUAAAUAUAACGUACACUUAAACUGAUAUUGAUUUUUUUUUUGAGGUGGGACUUUUUUAGGUGGCUAAAACUGAUUUUCUUGCUGACCCCUUCACAGCAGUAGAUUGAUUAGCUUCCAUGUCCGACUCCAGCCUGCUUCUCCAAACUGGGGGUGCACCAUCUGACAUCUACUGUAUAUGAUACACCGACUAUGAAUAAGUACCCCCCCCACACAACCCCACUUCAAAAAAUCUGAACUAUCCCUUAAAAGAACAUGAUGUUGAAGAGCAUUUGCAAGUAGAAAAGACAGGGCUGCAGCUAACUAUUACUAAUAUAGAUUCAUCUUUAAUUAUCUUUAAAUUAAUUAAUCAUCUAUAAAAUGUCAGGUAAAACUACAUUUUGACCCCCACAGUCUGCAUGUCUGAGGUAUAAUUCAAAAUGCUUUACUUAAGACAAGAAAGGAGUUCAGAGAACAAAAAAAAGUCCCAAAUUUGAAGUAAUUUAGGCGCACUGCAAGAGGCAGUGUCUCUGUUGUAAAUGGACAUCUUAAUGUGGAGCCUAGUUUUCAUUCUUUGGUUCUGUCAGGCAGACAGUAGACAGAAAGCAGCUUUUGGACGGCACAGGAAAAACAAACGAUAUAAUGUCAGGACAGUAAAACUAAACAUGCAUGACAAAUUGUUGCGAUGGUGAUGCCGAGUUGUUGACAAAGAAUGGAAUAAAAUAUAUUAAAUGAAACUAUUUUGGGUUUAUUAUUUGAUGUAAUUACUCCAGUAAGUGUCCAGGAGCUACGCAACAUCCAGAUGUAAAUCCUGUCAUGGGUGGACGGCAAAGAGCUAAGAUAUUUAAACCUUUGAUACCAUUGUUGGUAUUUUCUGCCACCUUUCAUUAUUUUACUGCUCUGCUCUGAAAUGACAUCCUGUUUCCUGUCGACCGUCUGCCUGAUCCCAUGUGAACGCAAAGGAACUGCCAGUGCUGGAAAGUAACUAUUUUAAUAGUAUUUGUACUUGAGUAUUUCCAUUUACGCCUCUGUUACAUUUGUACUUCGUACUCUGCUUUUACAGAUUAUUUGACUUACAAACACUUGCUGGUAAAACAGUGUGAUUUUCAGUGAAAAAAGUGCCCUGGUUAUAAAGUAAUAUUCGUCUGGAAAUGAGUCGAUAAAGUUUUCCUUUCAUGUAAAAAGUGAAACAUCUGCAGCAUCUGUAGCACUUUAAUCUGUUUUCAGUAGAAUUCAUCUCCCAGCUGGCUGACAGCGUCAUUAGCAGGGUUGCAACACUAAAUUUUUAUAGGCUCAGAAAAUAUUGUGGUUUCACGGUAUCCCGGUAUUAAAGAAUUUAUCUUAUUAUCAGUCAGAAUGAGCCUGAAAGGAAUGAAAGCAGAAGGGUUCAAACCAUUUUGUGUUUGUGUAAAAAGUCUCCCCUUUGAAAAAAACUAAAAUAAAAGGGAGAUUCAACAUUAAGUAUAAUUUUUUUUUUCAAUAUCGUAGAUAAGCAAAUGUACACAGUAUGAUAAUAUCAGCUUUUAUAUCACGGUGUACCUUAAAAACCCCGUACAUCUCUGCAACCCUCGUCAUUAGACGUUGAUAUUUGGUUGAAUCGAGGUUGUUUCAUCAGUGACCAAACUCAGUGUCAGGACAACAUCGUCAGUUUGAUGUAGAACACUGACGACAGAUGAUGAUGAUAUUUUGUUGGUAUUAAGUCGCGGCGUUAAUUAACUAAAAUCAAACGUCAAAUGCCGGCGUCACCAUGACGUAAUGACAUUUAGUCGUAAGCUAUGAGAGAACAAAACACAACGUCUGCAAAUCGCGACAUUGUUACUGUGACAUAUUUAAAAUAUCAACCCGAUUUUCAUUCCAACCCAAAUUUAACAUCUGUCCAACGUCUUUCUGACAUCGUAUGGUCGUCCGGUGCCAGCUGGCUAAUUUCACUAAUUAAGUGAAAAUCAAAUUUUUCCAAACCUUUAAUGCAGCAAUCUGCUUUGUUCGCUCUGGAUUGAUUGAAGACACAGACACUGCUUUGUUGAACAUUUAUAAAACAAGUUGAUUGAAAUUGGGUUGAAAUAUUCUCACUGCAAAAUCAGGUGUUAGGACUGAAUCACAAACAGAAAUGAUUUUGUAAGAGUGAGGUUUUGCAGAUUAAAAAGCCCAACACUUUAUAGAAUAGUUAAAAUCAGUUCCGCCUCGACAUCUGUGAUGAUAUUCCUAAAAUAUAUAUAUAACACUACAAAAGGGACCAUUCUCUUCAUGAGCACUUCUGAUAUUUUAAGUAUAAUUUGCUGCCAAUACUUUUGUACUUUUAAGUAAAAUUUUAGGGCUUUCACUUUAUUUUUACGUUGUAGCAUCCUGUUACUGCUUCCUUCACCUCCGAACUACCAUUUUAAAUUCUAUUUUUUUCCAUUUUCACCUACUGUCUUAAAAGUACCUUUGAUUUUCUUUUUUCUUUUUGUUUAAGCCACCACCACACAUGCAGCUUUUCAUUUGUGUUGCCUUGUUAUUGGUCUGAACGUUGCUCCAUCCAGCAGUAACAGCUCGAAUGUUUUUGAAUAAUAAAAACAGAUAUGUUCACGUGGAGAGUUUGAAACUGAUGAUAAUCAGCCAGAAAAGCUCCUCAUUCUCCUGAAACAGAAAGAAAAAACAAAGACUUCAAAAUAAAUGUGUUCAUGUAACAUAACACGUCGCUGAAUGUUCAUCCCGGCACCAAUCGUAUAAAUGUACCAGUUUUGUACAAUAUGCUGUUAAAGAAAAUAAAAAAUACUUUUUAUAUCAAGCUCCCCCGAUGAAGGACACGUCGUGAAUACACUUCCCUCUUCCUGUCUCCUCUAAACUGAUGGUGUUGCUGUGUUAUGACCGAUGAUGAUGAUGAUGUUACACAGACCAGGCGGAGUUCAAAUCCAUGACGACAAUCGGUUUUGUACACAGACUCCCUCUUUGGUUUUGUUUUCGUGUCGACAUAGAAACAUGUAUUCUGUAUUGAAAGAAAAUGUAAUAAACAUUUUAUGCUCUUUCCAAGACUGCA